AUGGAAAAAGUAAAGCUACCAAUUCACGAACACCCUUUGUUACCUAUAACUCGGUUUUUUUCUAGUCGCGGCUGUAACGGGUGUGGAUCUAAAGGUUACAUCUACGGAGGCUACCGAUGCAAUGAGUUGGGUUGUGAAACUCCUUCGUUUCAUAAAGAGUGUGCUGAGUCUUUACCAGAAAUAACACACUCUUCUCAUCCUGAUCAUCCUCUCAAGCUUCAACUAAAUGAUAAAGUAUCUGCAUGUAAUCAAUGUGGAAUUGAGCUGGUUGAAGAAAAAUGGAUCUAUAUGUGUUCAAUCUGUGACUUCAAGUUGGAUUUACAUUGUGCAAAAGAAGCUGAACGCUCCCAUCAACACGAGCAUCCUCUUAAACUCACCAAUGUAUUGAGUACUAUCAAGCAUUAUGAGAGAUUCUUCAAAUGGAGAGAAUGCAAAACGUGUGACUUUCAAUUUUUCUACGGGGAACUAUGUUAUGAAUGUUUUGAAUGUAAAGAAGCCUUCCAUGAAGAAUGUGCGAAGUUUUUUCCAGAAGCAAACCACAGUUCCCACCCUCAACACCCACUCAAGUUUCUUAGUUUUGAAGCAGCACCUGAUUAUGUGGACGAGAGGUGUCUUCUUUGUGAGGAGAAGUUUGAUCAAGGUUCUUUUGCACUAAUAUCAAAAACCUUUCACCACUGUGAUGUUUGUAAUUUCAGCAUAUGCACAGCAUGUAUGAAAAACCCACCACCGGUUCUUGUCGAAAGCCCGACAACCCAUGAACAUCAGCUUCAUCUUGUUCCAAGACACAUGUAUUUCAUUUGCAAUGCUUGUGGGAGGGUAGGUGGACACAGCCCUUAUUUUUGUGUUCAAUGUAAUUUCAUGAUUCAUCGGCAAUGUAUCGACUUACCCCGUGUCAUAAACAUCAAUCGCCAUGAUCACCGCAUCUCUUACACCACUCGCCUUGGACAUGGAAAGUGGAUAUGUAAAGUUUGCCGUAAUGAAGUGGAUGGAUUCUACGGGGCUUAUACUUGUGUUAAGUGUCCUAGUUUUGCUGUUCAUUCCAGAUGCGCAACGAGAGAAGACAUAUGGGACAUGAUUGAGCUAGAAGGGAUGCCUGAUGAAGAUGACGAAGUUGCGCCAUUCGAGGUGAUUGAUGAUAACACUAUAAAACAUUUCAGUCAUGAUCAUAAUUUACAAAUCAACAAGGAUGGUCAUUUCCAAAUUCUCCUAGUUUGUGAAGCUUGUGUCCUCCAGAUUUUAUCAGAACCGUUCUACAGUUGUAAGCAAUGUAAUUUCAUUCUCCACGAAAAAUGUGCUAACCAUCCACGGAAGAAACGUCAUGUGUACAACAAUCUGCCAUUCACACUACUCAUAUCUGACGGCGAAGUUUAUCAAUGUUGGCUUUGUUCACAAGAUUUCACAGGUUUCAGGUAUAAAUCUGGCCUUUCUAUGAAUAUUGAUGUGCGGUGUGCUGCAAUUUCAGAUACACUUGAGCACGGAAGCCAUCAACAUUCUUUAUACUACAGCUCCAAUUUAUCUAAGCGUUGUAAUAGAUGCGAGAUGAUGAAACCAGUCUAUAGAUGUGAUGAGUGUGACUAUGGUUUGGAAAACCAAUGUGCUCUUUUACCGAACAAGGUAAUGCGUAUAAGGUACGAUGAUCAUCCUCUCAUCUUAUCAUUCGGUGACACGAAUGUGGCUAGUGAAUAUUGGUGUGAGGCAUGUGAAACAAAAGUGAAUCCAAAGGAAUGGUUCUAUACAUGCAAUGAUUGUGGAACCACAUUACAUAUUUCUUGUGUUGUGGGAGACUUCUCAUAUAUCAAGCCAGGCUCUCGUAGUUCAUUAUACAAGAACACAAAAGUUGUAUCCAACACCUCUAGUUGUAGACCAAUUUGCUCUGGGUGUAACUCUAGAUGCAAGCUCCUUUCCGUUCUUAAGAUUUCCAAGGCCCUAGAUGAUGUAUACAUUUGUUCUUUACAAUGUUUACGUAAUUAUAUAUUCUUAAGGGGGGGAAAUCGUUACGUUGAUUUGAGAUGA